AUGGUGCUGAAUCAAGAUACAAAUACCAAAAAGAGGACGUACAACGAAGACAAGAUAUAUGCAGAAGAGUCGGUUGCUAGCAAUGGUACCGAGGAUGCACCGCAACAAGUGCAUGUCAACCCCCAACAUCAAAAACCAGGGCUCUACGACGAUGACGUCAAUGAUCUUGAAAUGGUAUCUAGUCCUGAGAUAGUUGAUAUCAACGCAGGCAUAGAAGAAGAUGACGAUGAAGAUGAAGACGAGGACGAUGAAGAGAUCAUUGAACAAGAUGCUUUGGGUGAAUUGGGAGAUAAUGUUCAAAUAGUGGAUGAUGAUGGAAACGUUGUUGAGUUAGCAAAUGAAGCUAAUCCCAAUUUAACGAAUAACCAUCAGAUAAACAAUGUAGCCUCGGCAGCAAAUCUGCGUGGUCAACAACAAAAUGGGCUACAAAAGACGUAUCCACUUGCCAAUGAUUUCGAUGCACUCGCAACAAAGUUGAUGAAACCAAUUGAGGAUUACCCUGUUGGAGACUCGAAUCAUUUUGUGUGGGAGAUAAAAGACUGGACGCUGCUUCUGAAACAGGACAAGGUCAGGUCUCCAACUUUCAAAUGUGGCAAUUUCAACUGGAAUAUUUUACUUUUCCCCAAGGGCAAUGGAAACAACAAUUUUAUCUCCAUCUAUAUAGAACCACAUCCACCUAUUGAUGAGGCUACUGGCAAGGCAUUGGAUGAAGAUUGGUACGUUUGCGCUCAAUUUGGACUAGAUUUGUGGAACCCUGAUCACCCAGAUGCCCAUUUUCCAAAUCAGAGUUCACAUAGGUUCAGCAAAAGUGAUGCUGAUUGGGGAUUCAGCUCAUUGAUUGAGUUGAGAUCCUUAAUGUCAAGCAAGAACUUCAAAAGUCAACCAUCACAAUAUCCCAUAUUGGAAAAUAAUCGAAUGAAUAUCACAGCGUUUGUCAGAGUGAUUGACGAUUCUGCAACUGGAACUUUAUGGAAUUCCUUGGUUGACUACAAUUCCAAAACCAAAGCUGGAUAUGUUGGAUUAACUAACCAGGGAGCCACUUGCUACCUCAAUUCCCUAUUGCAAAGUUACUUCACAACAAAGAUAUUCAGAAAACUAGUUUAUCAGAUACCUACAAACUUGAAAAAGAAUGCUUCAGUUGCAUAUGCAUUGCAGCGUAUAUUCUACCAAUUGUCAAAGUCAAAUGACCCCGUGGCUACCCUGGAUUUGACCAAAUCUUUUGGUUGGGACUCUUCAGACGCAUUCACCCAGCAUGAUGUACAGGAAUUGAAUCGUAUUUUGAUGGACAAGUUGGAAACUGCCAUGAAGGGGACUGGAAUUGAAAAUGGAUUAAACGAUAUUUUUGUUGGAAAGAUGAAGUCGUAUAUCAAGUGUGUCAAUGUCCCUUAUGAAUCAUCACGAGUGGAAGAUUUUUGGGAUAUCCAGUUAAAUGUUAAGGGAUGUCAAAACUUAGAACAGUCUUUCAAAAAUUAUAUUGAAAUAGAGAUGUUGGAUGGAGAGAACAAAUAUCAAGCCGGUGAUGAGUAUGGCUAUCAAGAUGCCAAAAAGGGGGUUGUAUUUGAGUCCUUCCCACAAGUUUUGCAUUUGCAAUUGAAAAGGUUUGAGUAUGACUUUAUGGUUGAUGAUUUGGUCAAGAUUGAUGACUUUUAUGAGUUUCCUGACAAGAUUGAUUUGAAACCGUAUUUGGAUGAAGAUUUACCUGCCGAUGUUAAAAAUCAAAAUUGGAAUUAUAAGUUGCAUGGAGUUUUAGUUCAUCAAGGUACAAUAUCUAAUGGCCACUAUUAUGCCAUGAUCAAGCCCAAUGCUAGAGAUGAUACAUGGUUGAGAUUUGAUGACGACAAAGUAUGGAAAGUGUCCAAGUCGCAGGUGUUUAAGGAGAACUUUGGAGCUCCAGAAUUGAGUAGAGAGCAGUUGGCCACCAUGUCGAGAUUGGAACAACAAGAACACUUGAUCAGGAGAGUCACGUCCGCAUAUAUGUUGGUCUAUUAUCGAGAAUCAGAAUUGGAUGAUGUUUUACCUUCAGACGAAGAAGCAAUAAAUGCAGUUAUUUCGCCUGACAUCGCCAACCAGAUUCAAAAAGAGUGGGAAGAGCGGUUAAGACUUGAAAAGGAAAGACAAGAGGCCUUGUAUUACACAACUGCCAAGGCUAUAACAAUUGACACAAUCAACAAUCAUACUGGAUUUGAUUUAGCCUUAGAUCCAACCGUUGAAACGUACUACGAUGAAAAUCUUGCUGGGACUGAAGCUGAUGCAAAACUGUUUAGAAUUCGCAAGGACAGUCCAUUUACGGAUCUUGUCGACCAAAUAGGUGAGCUGUUGGGCUAUGAGGAUAAGAGUUUAUUCAGAUUAGGUGUUGUGUGCCACCGAAACAACCAUACCAACAGAUUAGACGAGCUUGUGGAUGUAAAAUUAAAGGACUUAACGGUUGUGAAUUUUUAUUCCAAAGUCUUUAAUAGAAAGUAUGAUCAAAUGGUUUUCUAUGUGGAAGAGCUAAACAAGGAUAUCAACAAUAUAAACAAGUUGACGGAUGUUGAAAAAAGGAUAGACCCGGCAGACUUUAAAUUUGAUGAAACAUUUGCGAAGAUACAAUCGGUAGGUCAUGAAGUUACAGAGGACAUGAAAUUCCCCAUCACGGAAAAGCACUCAGGUUAUAUUACAAUCUUUAUCAAAUAUUUUGACCCUGUAUCACAGCAAGCAAGGUCUUUGUCACAUAUUACAGUAUCUACUAGUGAUUCACUUUCGUCAGUUAUCGAGCCUAUUAGAGACUUGUUGGGAUUUAAAGAGGAUGUCGAUUUUGAGUUGUAUGAAGAGUUAACACCACAACGCUGCGAAAAGCUCGAUGUCAAACAGGUCUUUGAGCAACAGGAGUUGAGCACUGGUGAUAUCAUUGUCGCACAGGUUACCAACUCUAGUGAACUAGCAGGUGAUAAGCAAUUUAAAAAUGUAAAGGAAUAUUACAAGUUUCUUGCUACUCGUGUACACAUUAGGGUAAAACCUUACAAUGCCAACGAAUCAGACGAAGAUUCAGAUUACAUCGAUGAAGAAGGAGGAGAAGAUACUGAGAAUGGUGAAUUAAACUCAAACAGAGAGCGAAAGGAUUUGAAUGGCCAGUAUAAUGACGAAACGACCAUGAAGGAAAUCGAAGAAGUCAAGAAGUUGAGCAAGAGCUUUGAUUUGUGGAUUUCUUCAACCUAUAGCUACCAAGACUUGGCAGAAGCCAUUGCCGGUAUCAUUAAAUGUGACCCCGAAUAUUUGAAGCUUUUUGUUAUCGGUAACCAAGGCACCCGUUAUCCUUUAAAGACGAGUCACUUUUUGUCGCAGGUUUUCCCUAGAAACGCUUCAGUGAGCCAAAUGUUUGACAUUGAGUAUGAAGUGUUGAACAUCAAGAUGAAGGAGUAUGAGAAUUUAAAACUGUUUAAGGUGUUUUGGCUCAGCAAUUUACUACAAUACCAAGAGUUUGAAUUGUUAGUUCCAAAGCGUGGCACUUUGACGGAUCUUAUUAAUAAGUUAUUGCACAAGGUGGAAGUCCCUGAAAAUGAUUUGAAGCAUCUUUUGUGCUGGUCGGGAGCCAACCAUAAAUUUUCAGAAAUACUUCGAUUUGAUACUCCCGUGCAGCUGCUCCACGAGGAGGAUGACAUAUAUUGCGGUAUAUUCCCAGCUGAGGUCGAAGUUCUAGUUGACCAUGAUAUUAUCAAGAGAUUCACUGGUGAUGGAGAAGCUAUUGACCUCGAGGAGAUAAAAGACGAUGUGAUUAGGGAUGAAUUUGUUAGAGCUCGCGAAGCUUCAAAAAAUCUCAACCUCAUUCCAGCUUUCCAUUUCCAUAAACAAAGUACAAACUAUCAUGGUAUACCAUUUAUUGUCAUUCUUUUUUCUGACGAGCUUUACAGCGAAACAAAGGAGAGAUUACGGAGGAAAUUGGGAUUGGGCCAGCAAGCAUUUGACAAGAUCAAAUUUGCCUUGGCGGAUGCCAACGACAAAGGGCUGUACAUUGAUGAUACUGAUUCUGGGUUGAUAUUGUUUGACAAGAUAGGCAAUGGAAGAGCUAAUUUGGCCCUUGAUCAUAUUGACCGCAAUCCCAAGCGUCAAAAUCCAUACGAAAAGGGAAUCUCUAUAAGAUAG